GCGAGCGGUUGUGGAAAGACAACUCUAUUAAGAUGUGUAUUGGGAAGACUGCAACCGAAGAGUGGAUCCAUUCAUCUAUUUGGAGAAACGCCGGGAACCGCUAUGAGUCGAGUGCCCGGACCUGGCGUUGGAUAUAUGCCUCAAGAGUUGGCCCUUUACGACGACUUCAGUAUCGAAGAAACUCUCGUAUAUUUUGGCCGAUUAUUUGGUAUCAAAUCCAAAAUUAUAGACUCAAGGAUUGAAUUCAUGAUAAAUUUGCUUCAAUUACCAAACCGUAAGAAAUUAAUCUCACAAUUAAGUGGAGGUCAGAAGAGACGCGUUUCGUUGUCGACCGCACUUUUACACAAUCCUCCACUUCUAAUACUUGAUGAGCCAACAGUAGGCGUGGAUCUAAUUCUUCGAGAGGCUAUUUGGAAGCAUUUGGAGAAUCUUUGCAGAACUGGUUUGACUGUAAUUCUGACCACACAUUACAUAGAAGAGGCCAGAAGUGCAUCGAAUGUAGGAUUUAUGCGCUCCGGAAGAAUAUUAGCCGAAGACUCACCCCUUCAGCUCUUGAGAAGACAUCAAUUAAUGACUUUAGAAGAAGUGUUCCUUAAAUUAUCGCAAUUAGAAGACGACAUGAAAGUGAAUAAUAAACUGACGUUUAAUAGAAAGUCAAUCACUAAUGAAAUAUUGGACACAAAUAUCAUCAGUAGUUCUGAAGACCAGACAUCAGAAAAGAUAUCAUUGAAAGUCAUUAAAUCCGACAAUUCUUCAAAUAAUUCGCAAGAAUUUGAUCGCAAUUCUGGCGAAGGCUUUGUAAACAAUGGCUUCAUUGCGGACUCGACUCUUGCCGACGAACACAUGGGAACAGUUGUGUCCAAAGAGUACAAUCUAUCCAAUGGUGUCAUUCAAAUCAAACAACAGAGUAUCGCAAAUGAGACCAAAUUCCGCAAUCGUUUGUCCGCUCUUACGCUCAAAAACUAUAGGCAAAUGUCGCGAAACGUAUUGCUGUUGUCGUUCUUCGUGUUGUUGCCAUCGAUUGAAAUCUGUUUACUAAUCAUGAGUAUCGGACAAGACAUCAAAAACAUUCCCGUCUCUGUCUAUAACCCGGAAAAGUUGGAAACUUCUCAGUCGUUAAGCGAAUUAUUCUUGAGUUCAAUCGACGAAAAGCACAUCACUUUAGUUCGCUAUAAGACAUUGGAUUCGGCCGUAUAUGCCGUCAAAGAGAACGACGUUUGGGCUGUCAUUCACUUUCAGCCAAACUUUACGGAAGCGCUGAGAAUGCGAUCACUUUUGUCCACCGACUCCGACGCCGAUAUCAUAAACUCGAGUUCAAUACGGCUUCAGUUGGAUAUGUCUAACCAAGUGAUUGGCUUUCAAAUACAGAGACAUAUCUUCGAGGCGUUCCUCAAGUUUGUCUCAGAAUUGGCCCAAACCUAUGGCAUCAAUCCGGAUGCACUCAAACCGCCAAUCAUUAUAGACCCGCCGAUAUAUGGUGUGCCGAAACAGUCACUUAUCUCGUUCAUAGCUCCCGGGGCUCUAAUAAUGGUCGCCUAUUUCGCCACAACUGUUAUGACAUGUCAUCUGUUGAUUAAAGAGAGAAGCGAU